AUGUUGAAGGGUGGCGAGAGAGAAAAAAGGUAAAGAGGUAAAAAAAUAAAUAAGAAUAGAUCAGCUUUUUAAUGAGGCCUGGAGCGUCCAUCAUUAAGCCAGCAGUCACACUAAAGUGACUUUGUUCUCUCUCGCUCUCCUCCAAAGCGUUUGUCCCGCCGCCCGUGAGGUGACGCACACGUUUAUAGAUGUUGAGACCUCAGCCGGAGAUCAAGGUCAGCCCAGAUCGGCGCCGUCAGGUCCACAAACCCCAGGGGACAUUUGAAAAAAAAUUAAAAAAUACGAAAGAUUCUCAGCCAAUCAACCGGGCCCUGCCGUCCGCCCCUCGGGCCAAUCGAAGGCGAUGGAGAGCUUCAUGGGCAGUCAUUUCUCGUUAAAACCAAUAAACGUGCCCUGCUUCUCCCUCUGAAGAAGCAUUGGGUGGAGCUGCAUUCGAAAGCUCUGCCUGGGAGAAAUGCGCUGACAUGGCAACAGUGCUAGUUCUAACGUGCUGAUGGAGAGUGCCGGGUUUGGAUGGGUGGCACGCAUCCCGUAUUGACAGAGAUGCUAAAAUCGACAAGCAAGCAUCCCCAGCGGGUUUUAGUCAAGGGCUAUUCACUGCCGCCUUGUCAUUGAGAGAAUUUCUUAUCUGUGUGUGUAUGUGUUUGAGUGUGUGUUUGAGUGCAUCCUGAAGGAGACAGGCCCCCAAAACUUGGCUUCUAUUGAUUUCUAUUUCCCCAGUUUCCAAGUCCAUCGCAUUCCCCCACAUUAGAAUAGCGUUGAGUGUUGGGAAACACUGGGCUUCUGGUGGUGUUGACAAGCUGCCAAACUGCAUAUUCCCAGCCUGUGUAAUUAUGAUCUGUGGAAUUGAUUCCCCUCAGUGAUCAUAGUUGGACGCCGUGCGGCUCAUUGAUUCCGAGAUGUAUGGUCCUCAUUUGGGAGGUGUGGAGCUUUUCACCGAUAGCUUUGCCAGUUUGACAGAUGCCUUCAUCUAAAGGGACUAGCAUAGAUGACAAAUAACGCAUUGAUUCUGCUAAAUCAAUCCUCUGAGCCAUUACCGCUGCGCAUUGGGGUCAGUAAACAGACUAAUGCACAGUCGCUACUGGUUUAGAGGCAGAGAGGAGUCUGCUUACUGUUUGGCCCAUUCUGUAAGUUCCCAGCUAGUCUUGCCAGAGUGCUUUGGUUCAGCGAGGUGGUCUAAGCGUGUGUGUGUGUGUGUGUGUCUGCAUAAAUAAAUAAAUAAUUCAAACGUAUUUAUGCCAUUGUAUUCAUGUAGAAGCAACUAAGGUUCCAUUUAAACGUUUUUCGGUCUUUUUAUAGUGUUUAAUUGUGGACAUACACAGAACAUAUUCAGGUGUGUGUAUACAUGUGUUUGUGUAUGCGUUUUCUGUCUCACGCCUCACCUUCUCUCUCACCUUGCCUCACGUCUGCCAUCUCUCCACAGGGGAGGACUUUGCGGUGGUGCAGCAGGAGAUCGUCAUGAUGAAGGACUGCAAGCACUCUAACAUCGUGGCCUACUUUGGCAGUUACUUAAGGUAGCGUAUUUAAAGGCCUGCACCCCGCGCUCACUCCGCCACCAACCCUAACCUUCCCUCCUCCACCCCUGCCCUGGCUCAGUCAAUUCCCAGCCGCUCUCAGGCUUUGAAGUAACACACAGGCUCAGCGUGGAGUCGUACUCCACUGCAGUCAAGCCACGGUCAGAGCCUCCGGUCCAAGCCUAGCCGCACUAACACUAGCUAGCUAACAAUGUGGCUAAUUGCUAGCUCCAGGGGGGGGGGGGGGGGGGUUAGAAGGAAUACUUUAGCCUAUCCCAGGUAUUCCUUAAAGAGGUGGGGUUUCAAAUGUCUCCGGAAGGUGGUGACUAUUUUGAGACCGUAUCGAUUGUAAUGUCAUUUGUUUCCUUUUGCUCUUUACAGGAGAGAUAAAUUAUGGAUAUGUAUGGAAUAUUGCGGGGGAGGGUCCCUACAAGACCUAUAUCAUGGUAAGCAUACACAACAUACAGUGCACAAACACACACACACACAAGCAUUUGAAAAAUGACUGCUGGCUCAACCGGUUUGAUGAAGCGAAAUUCAAUAUGUUUCAGUGUGUGGUUUUAAGCUAAUUCCUCACUCAAGUUUAGACGUCCUCUUACAUCCUAUUCCCUUUCUAGUGCACUACUUUUGACGAGGGCCCAGAGGGAUAGGUUGCCAUUUAGGACGUAACCUAGCUCCUACCACAUAACCAGACAGUUAACAGAUUCUUAUUACGCUUUUUCUUCUUCUUCUUGUCUUGGUCGUUAAAGUGAGAAUCUGCAGUUGUUACACCCAUUUUUGGACUUUAAAAGAGAUCACGUAUACCCGUUUUAUUCUAGAAGAAUAUAACUUAGUUCAACUGCGCUUAGUUCAACUGUCUUACCCCAUCACAACCCAAAAUAUAAGCUGGUUUUACUCCAAUGUUUGUAAACAUUGUAAUUGUAAAUAAACACUGCAUAGAUUUAAAACAUGGCUAAAACUAUACGUUUAAUGUCAUGGAUGGUCAGUCCUUGCAUCCAUAGCUCCAUCUAUACAUUUGAGUAGUUAAAUUUCUCCAGCCCCAUCCCUGAGCUAUUUACGAAAGCACUGGUGGCGUGACCACUUUGUAAUUGUUUGAACUGCAGAUUGCCCAUUUAAAGUACAGGUCAUUAGAGCGGCCACCUUAAGCAGCUGUUGUCGCACUUGCGCGCGCACACACACACACACACACAGACGAUACAUACAUACUCACACAGAGACGGUGUUGAUUCUGCUCUUAAUGACGGUGCUGGGCUCAGUCGGCUGCGAGGCCCCUCAUUAGACAGACAGAACAGCAGCCGACACCACCAACCACCGUUGAUCUCAGCCUCCCACAUAUCUGCUCCCCGCUGCCACGGAGACGACACGCUGCUCAUAAUGUCCCCAACCCUACGUCUCCGGAGUAAAUAGAGGGUCACUGAAACGGAAAGCCUGCGUGCUUGACGCACUGUCCCUCGUGGCCUUCGAAAUGCACUAGUUUCGUCACGUCGUUACAUUCCUUUAACCUUUUAACCUCCGUCGUUUAGUUGUUGGGUAUUCUUAACAAGGUUUUAGACCUGCCCUGUAGGCAGGUGGUGGGGGAGGUUAAGGAGGCAUGUCGAUAGUCUAACAUAGCUUCCUCUCCCUUUUCUCCUCUCCAUCUGCAUUGAUCUGAACAUGGAGGAAAGGUGAAAGCAGUAUGGUCGACCCUAACUGGGAAUAUGCUGUCACCUGUAUAGGUUCUUUCAGGUGAAAGAAGAUAAAGGAAGGAGGUCAUUUUAGACCCGAUUUAAACAGGAUCAAUGAGUUAGCCAGGUAACCUGUGUAAAUAUUUUGAAGUAACUUCAUAAUUGUUUGGAAAGAUAAGCUUGAAAUGGGCUUCUUAUAAUUAAUUGAACUGGCUGACUUGGUGACCCUGCUUUUUGAUGUAACCCUCAGAGCCCUAAGAGGAAGUUAGUUUAAUUAGCCCUGUCACGCGACUGACUGCACCUUUUAAUCAGACCCCAAUCAACUGGUGCUAUCAUGACUUGCAAUCUACUUAGUAGAGAGUUGAAGAAGAUUAGCCUCUCAGUGGUAUGGCCAAAGCACUCCCACACAGCCUAGGAUUGAAGCAGGAUGGAGUAUGAUGCGUGUUCUCACUUAAACUGAAGACAGACAGACAUGUGAGUCAAUUCCGGAGGAUAGUGUUUGAAUAGAGUUUUUUUAUUUUAUUUGUUUAUAUAGGCGAUCUAAUUGAGAAUAUGCAGUUUCCUGUAUAGCACUAUAAAUGUUAUUGAAAUCUAAAAAGAACCUAGGAAUCUAGCUCUAUCUAAUUCAGUAGCAAAUAUAUUUUUGUUCUGUUUUUAAUAGGGUCCUGUUGUGCCUGGUCUGUUCUGUCCAGUCAUAACUAUUCUAGAGUCUCAAUAAUGACCUUCAAAUAACCUAACGUUACCAGGUAAAGCUGUCAGAUCAACAUCCAAUUGUAAACCCUGAACCUACAUUGCCCACCUUGAACCCAUAAUGUUGAUUUGGGGUUGAAAUUGGGGUUAAAUGACACAAAAACUGUACACUUCAAAUGUGGCUUGAAAUGCUGAAAUGUGCCCAAAUAAGACCUUUAGCUUAAAUAAUAGUAAUGAAAUACAUGCCACUGACAAAGAAAUGAUCAGUCUAUAAUUUUAAUGGUAGGUUUAUUUGAACAGCGAGGGACAGAAUAACAACAAAAAAAUCCAGAAAAACGCAUGUCAAAAAUGUUAUAAAUUGAUUUGCAUUUUAAUGAGGGAAAUAAGUAUUUGACCACCUCUCAAUCAGAAAGAUUUCUGGCUCCCAAGUGUCUUUUAUACAGGUAAUGAGCUGAGAUUAGGAGCACACACUUAAAGGGAGUGCUCCUAAUCUCAGCUUGUUACCUGUAUAAAAGACACCUGUCCACAGAAGCAAUCAAUCAAUCAGAUUCCAAACUCUCCACCAUGGCCAAGACCAAAGAGCUCUCCAAGGAUGUCAGGGACAAGAUUGUAUACCUACACAAGGCUGGAAUGGGGCUACAAGACCAUCGCCAAGCAGCUUGGUGAGAAGGUGACAACAGUUGGAAAUGGAAGAAUCACAAAAUAACUGUCAAUCUCCCUCGGCCUGGGGCUCCAUGCAAGAUCUCACCUCGUGGAGUUGCAAUGAUCAUGAGAACGGUGAGGAAUCAGCCCAGAACUACACGGGAGGAUCUUGUCAAUGAUCUCAAGGCAGCUGGGACCAUAGUCACCAAGAAAACAAUUGGUAACACACUACGCCGUGAAGGACUGAAAUCCUGCAGCGCCCGCAAGGUCCCCCUGCUCAAGAAAGCAUAUAUACAGGGCCGUCUGAAGUUUGCCAAUGAACAUCUGAAUGAUUCAGAGGAGAACUGGGUGAAAGUGUUGUGGUCAGAUGAGACCAAAGUCGAGCUCUUUGGCAUCAACUCAACUCGCUGUGUUUGGAGGAGGAGGAAUGCUGCCUAUGACCCAAAGAUCACCAUCCCCACCGUCAAACAUGGAGGUGGAAACAUUAUGCUUUGGGGGUGUUUUUCUGCUAAGGGGACAGGACAACUUCACCGCAUCAAAGGGACGAUGGACGGCGCCAUGUACCGUCAAAUCUUGGGUGAGAACCUCCUUCCCUCAGCCAGGGCAUUGAAAAUGGGUCGUAGAUGGGUAUUCCAGCAUGACAAUGACCCAAAACACACAACCAAGGCACCAAAGGAGUGGCUCAAGAAGAAGCACAUUAAGGUCCUGGAGUGGCCUAGCCAGUCUCCAGACCUUAAUCCCAUAGAAAAUCUGUGGAGGGAGCUGAAGAUUUGAGUUGCUAAACGUCAGGCUCGAAACCUUAAUGACUUGGAGAAGAUCUGCAAAGAGGAGUGGAACAAAAUCCCUCCUGAUAUGUGUACAAACCUGGUGGCCAACUACAAGAAACGUCUGAUGUCUGUGAUUGCCAACAAGGGUUUUGCCACCAAGUACUAAGUCAUGUUUUGCAGAGGGGUCAAAUACUUAUUUCCCUCAUGAAAAUGCAAAUCAAUUUAUAACAUUUUUGACAUACGUUUUUCUGGAUUUUUUUGUUGUUAUUCUGUCUCUCACUGUUCAAAUAAACCUACCAUUAAAAUUAUAGACUGAUCAUGUCUUUGUCAGGGGCAAAACAUUUGAGUUCAGGUACCAGAUGUUGUCUCAAUAACCAAUGGCCGAGGAACCUUUUAAUAAAGCACCAGUGCUUCUCAGUCUCCAACCAUGUCUCCUUAUCUUUCAGUGACGGGGCCUCUCACAGAAUCACAAAUAGCCUACGUUUCUCGAGAAACUCUUCAGGUACGUCCAUUCAGUUUGCCUCCUGCAACACUCAAGCAUUCACUCUUCUUCUGACACACGUCUUUCAUCUCAAAGUAUUGCCUUUGAACUGCUGCAUACCUUAGAUCUGAUCCAUCCACUCGAAAUGAGAUUGAAAACAGCCGUUAGCAAUAGCAACACCGUAGGACUAUUGCUGUCAUUGAUUUGUUCGAUUUUUGAUACACACAACUAUUAUAAAGUAUUAUAAUAAAAAGAAGUAGCCAGACUAUUUCUUUCCUGGUAAAAUGACAAUGGUUUCAUGCUUUGGAAAAGUAUAUGUGGCUGAUUUUGGUUGAAUGUGAAUUGGCUAAAAAGGGACACCAUAUUAGGAUGGGAUAUUAUUUGUGAAGAGGUCAAUGGACUGACUCACUUUACACAUUUUUCCCUCCACAGGGUCUCUACUAUCUACACAACAAAGGCAAAAUGCACAGAGACAUAAAGGUAAGGUGGGAAAAUGGCAGAUUCUAGCAGGAAUACAUGGCUUCCAUUGCAUAGAAUAGAAUGCACAAAGACAAAGGUGAAGUGGGACUGGGACAAUAACCGUUUUAAGCACGAAUACAUUGUGUAGAUUAGGAUAGAAUAGAGUUUAUUGUCCUCUUCAAGGAAAUAAUUUGACACGAGCUCGUAUGUACACACAAAUAGACCAACAACACCUUCACCCAGACAUGUUCAAUUACCGGUACAUUUACAGUAGUUUAGUGUGCUCCUCUGGAAUGUCUUGGCAUAGACGUGUAAUAGCCAUUAUAAAAACAUUUCUGACACUAAUGGCCACCAUUUUAAUCCCCAACAAGACAUCUAUCAAAGUCACUCCAGGCUUUACCGGUUUGGUCGUUCCCCUGUGAAGUUUCCUUCGAUAGAUGGCCUUGUUAAGAGACUGCUGCAUAAAUGAAACUGCAUUGAAAAUGUGCAGAUACAAGUUAGUUAGACGUUUGAAACGUUGUUGAGGAAAAAAUAAGCUAAAACGUACUAAACGCUUACAUAGGCCUAUGCAACUGCAAAUCCAUUGUGACGUUCUAAUCUUCUUUUGUCUGCACAAAGGGAGCAAACAUACUGUUGACAGACAACGGGUACGUCAAACUAGGUAAGGAGUCCAGAUGUGCAACUGUUUUCUUUGAUGUGUGUGUGUUUCAAUAUGAUGAAUCAUGGCAAUUUGGCAUUUGGCGAGUGUGUGAAUCAUCGCCUGGCGAUGACUGACAAGUUGUUAAUUGCACUUGGCUGUGAAUAGCACCUUCUGCUUUCACAUUCUGUGUAUGUGUGUGCGCGCUUUCAUAUUCAAUGUGUGUAAUAGGCUAAAUCAAGUCUGCGAUGCAUGCACAGCUUGGACAGUGAUUGGAAUAAUUGUGUCAGUGCUAACACUACAAUUUAUAUCGUAUUCCUUUUGGAAUAUUAGCUGCACCAGCUUACAAAACAUGUAUGGUUACUAAAAUACAUGAGCAUUGCAUGAUUUUCAUUGAUUUCAACAUUGUUAUGCAUAAUUUAUCAUUUAUUACAGAGCGAACCAGGCUUAAGAAAUGGUCAUCAAACAUGUAUUAGACAUUCACUGGUAUUAAUGAUAAACUGUUGUUGAUUGCAUUUGGACAUUUAUUAGCCAUUUAUUAAUAAUGAACUGUUACUAUACAGUGAGGGAAAAAAGUAUUUGAUCCCCUGCUGAUUUUGUACGUUUGCCCACUGACAAAGAAAUGAUCAGUCUAUAAUUUUAAUGGUAGGUUUAUUUGAACAGUGAGAGACAGAAUAACAACAACAAAAUCCAGAAAAACGCAUGUCAAAAAUUUUAUAAAUUGAUUUGCAUUUUAAUGAGGGAAAUAAGUAUUUGACCCCCUCUCAAUCAGAAAGAUUUCUGGCUCCCAGGUGUCUUUUAUACAGGUAACGAGGUGAGAUUAGGAGCACACUCUUAAAGGGAGAGCUCCUAAUCUCAUCUUGUUACCUGUAUAAAAGACACCUGUCCACAGAAGCAAUCAAUCAAUCAGAUUCCAAAUUCUCCACCAUGGCCAAGACCAAAGAGCUCUCCAAGGAUGUCAGGGACAAGAUUGUAGACCUACACAAGGCUGGAAUGGGCUACAAGACCAUCGCCAAACAGCUUGGUAAGAAGGUGACAACAGUUGGUGCGAUUAUUCGCAAAUGGAAGAAACACAAAAGAACUGUCAAUCUCCCUCGGCUUGGGGCUCCAUGCAAGAUCUCUUGGACUUGGACAAGGACUUGCAAUGAUCAUGAGAACGGUGAGGAAUCAGCCCAGAACUACACGGGAGGAUCUUGUCAAUGAUCUCAAGGCAGCUGGGACCAUAGUCACCAAAAAAACAAUUGGUAACACACUACGCCAUGAAGGACUGAAAUCCUGCUGCGCCCGCAAGGUCCCCCUGCUCAAGAUAGCACAUAUACAUGCCCAUCUGAAGUUUGCCAAUGAACAUCUGAAUGAUUCAGAGGAGAACUGGGUGAAAGUGUUGUGGUCAGAUGAGACCAAAAUGGAGCUCUUUGGCAUCAACUCAACUCGCCAUGUUUGGAGGAGGAGGAAUGCUGCCUAUGACCCCAAGAACACCAUCCCCACCGUCAAACAUGGAGGUGGAAACAUUAUGCUUUGGGGGUGUUUUUCUGCUAAGGGGACAGGACAACUUCACCGCAUCAAAGGGACGAUGGACGGGGCCAUGUACAGUCAAAUCUUGGCUGAGAACCUCCUUCCGUCAGCCAGGGCAUUGAAAAUGGGUUGUGGAUGGGUAUUCCAGCAUGACAAUGACCCAAAACACACGGCCAAGGCAACAAAGGAGUGGCUCAAGAAGGAGCACAUUAAGGUCCUGGAGUGGCCUAGCCAGUCUCCAGACCUUAAUCCUAUAUAAAAUCUGUGGAGGGAGCUGAAGCCUCGAAACCUUAAUGACUUGGAGAAGAUGUGCAAAGAGGAGUGGGACAAAAUCCCUCCUGAGAUGUGUGCAAACCUGGUGGCCAACUACAAGAACUGUCUGACCUCUGUGAUUGCCAACAAGGGUUUUGCCACCAAGUACUAAGUCAUGUUUUGCAGAGGGGUCAAAUACUUAUUUCCCUCAUUAAAAUGCAAAUCAAUUUAUAACAUUUUUGACAUGCGUUUUUCUGGAUGUUGUUGUUGUUAUUCUGUCUCUCACUGUUCAAAUAAACCUACCAUUAAAAUUAUAGACUGAUUAUUUCUUUGUCAGUGGGCAAACGUACAAAAUCAGCAGGGGAUCAAAUACUUUUUUCCCUCACUGUAUUAAUGUAACUCUAACUUUAACAAAACAUUUACAAAUCGUUAAUUGAUUAAUUAACAUGUUAAAAAGGCAUAAUUAAUUAUGCUUAAUGGAGGCAUCAUGUAGAUUGGAAUGUCAGGCUUCUCACUUCUUUCUUUCUUUCUUUCUUUCUUUCUUUCUUUCUUUCUUUCUUUCUUUCUUUCUUUCUUUCUUUCUUUCUUUCUUUCUUUCUUUCUUUCUUUCUUUCUUUCUUUCUUUUUUUCUUUCUUUCUUUCUUUCAUCCUUUUCUUGGCAGCUGACUUCGGCGUCUCGGCCCAAAUCACGAUGACCAUUGCCAAGAGAAAAUCCUUCAUCGGCACACCUUACUGGUAA